AUGCCAAUUUUUGGUGAAACAUCGUCACCUUAUGAUGAGACCGUUGAGAAAGUUACUGCUGAAACAUGCACCACCGAAAAUUGGACACUGAUUCUUGAUAUAUGUGAUCGAGUAAUCGCUGAUCAAAAUAAAGGAGCCAAACUGUGCUUGCUCUCAGUGAAGAAAAGAUUAAAUCAUCGUGAUCCACAUGUUGUUUUGCUUUCUUUGUCUUUGCUGGACUCCUUGUGGAGUAACUGUGGGAUCGCAUUCAGACGUGAAGUUUCGUCGCGUGAAUUCUCGCAAGAAUUAAGUUUCAAAGCUACACAUAGUAAUCGUUCAAUCAGUGAAAAAACACGUUCGAUUAUCAAGAAAUGGUCAGAAAAUGAAUGUAAACAGGAUGCGUCUUUGGGUUUGAUUGAAACUCUCUACAAAAAUCUUCUCGCAGAGGGAUAUUCAUUCGAAACGGACAGUUCGUCCAAGUCUUGUUCCUCAAACAAUGAUCCGAAUGCCGCACGAUGCGCAGAAGAAGAGGAAGCUUUGGUUCUUGCUAUAGCGAAGUCUCUGCAGGAGACAACGACACGAAGCGACCGCAUUUCCUCUGUUUAUCCACCAGUAACAUGUUCAGCCGUAUUUCCAUCUACCCCAAAAUUAGAACGCGAUGUACGAGCACUGUACGACUUCGAAGCUGCUGAGGAUAACGAAUUGACAUUUUCGGCGGGCGAUAUUAUUACUGUCACGGACGACAGUGAUCUGAAUUGGUGGAGAGGUAGAUCUCAUCGCGGAGAAGGCCUGUUUCCAGCAAGCUUUGUGACAUCUAAUUUAUUGCCUCAAGAAAGUGAACCACUGGUCAAGGAAAAAGCAACUUCUCUAGCUGUUUCUGUAGCGAGAAUUGAUAAAACAGCGCUGGAAGAAUGUCUCCGUGUACUUGAAGACUGUGAUCCAACGGGAGAAAGACCAGAUCCACCUGAACUCGCUGAUCUGGAACAGCGGAGUCUAGCUCAAGCCCCAUUAAUAGAUGCACGAUUAGCAGAAAUUGACAGGCAGCAUAACGCUUUGGCACAAGUGGACAUUGCAAUAAGAGAUGUAUUAUCAAUGUAUGAUCGAGCUGUGCAGCAAGCUCAAUACCAGGUAUCGAUGCAGCAGCCGGCAGCACAACCGGUGUUUGGAUAUCAGGCAUCCGAAGUGUCGUCAGGAGCACAGUGGGGCACUGCUCCAACAGGAAAUAUACCUAUAUAA